GGGUAUAAUAACUGUAUGGUGGCGGGGAGCUGUUAUAGGCUGUGCGGAUUGGGACGCAGCCAGUCAGUAGAGGAUCCUCUGCUACCCAGCAGCCUCAGAGUAAACCAGCCCAGAUCCGGGGGGCGGGGCGAACAGAGCCGCUGCAAGAUGGCUGCUGCCUUCAAUGAAAGGAUGGGCCUCCUAUUAGGGCUCUGUGUCUUUUUUCUUCUUGGUGGUGUUUGGGCUGUGGACAGAGGAAACUUUAAAACCUGCAAUCAGAGUGCCUUCUGCAAGCGUCAGCGAGCACUGAAGCCAGGGCAAUCUUCUUAUAGAGCUUUACUGGACACUCUGGAGCUGAGUGACUCCAGACUCACUCUGCAGCUCAUCAAUGACAACAACAAGGUGCACUUGUUGCUGGAGCUGUACAGGCUGCAGGGGAACAUCACUCGUGUGAAAAUAAAUGAGCUCAAACCCCUGAAGCCUCGUUUCGAGGUGCCAGACGUGCUGAUAGGGGAGCCACCUACUGAGCCUCUCUCAGUGCUGUCCAGAGAUGAUAAUGGCUUGGUAUUGUCACUGGGGGUGGAGAGCCAGAGGCUGAUAGUUAGUGCUCGUCCAUUCAGACUGGACAUCAUGGAGGGGCCUGAAGUGCUUCUGUCUCUUAACUCCCGUGGCCUGCUAGCUUUUGAACACCUGAGGCUCCGCAAGGACACGCAAGCAGACCCAGAGAGUGCAGAAGUGAAAGAGAACGUAGAUGAAGCUGAAAAGCAGGAUGAGGAAGAGAAGGCAGAAGGUGGCGGGAAAGAUAAAGAGGAAGACGGCCUGUGGGAGGAGACAUUCAAGAGUCACACAGACAGUAAACCGAAUGGUCCCACAGCUGUUAGUUUAGACUUUUCCUUGCCUGGAGUAGAACAUGUAUAUGGUAUACCAGAACAUGCCGACAACCUUAAACUCAAAACCACUGAUGGGGGAGAACCUUACAGGCUGUACAAUCUGGAUGUGUUCCAGUAUGAGCUUUAUAAUCCUAUGGCCUUAUAUGGAGCUGUGCCUGUAAUGCUGGCGCAUAACACACAGAGAACCAUGGGCAUCUUCUGGCUCAAUGCUGCUGAGACCUGGGUGGACAUCAGCUCAAACACUGCUGGCAAAACAGUGUUUGGGAAGAUGUUGGACUUUGUCCAGGGCUCUAGUGAAACUCCUCAGACUGAUGUCCGUUGGAUCUCUGAGAGUGGAAUUAUUGAUGUCUUUAUCAUGCUCGGACCAAAACCAUCUGAUGUCUUCACACAGUAUGCCUCACUUACAGGCACCCAGUCCUUCCCUCCUCUGACUGGUCUGGCCUAUCACCAGUGUCGUUGGAACUACAAUGACCAGGAUGAUGUUAAGGCAGUGGAUGAAGGCUUUGAUCAGCACGACAUCCCAUGUGACUUUAUCUGGCUGGACAUUGAGCACACAGAUGGCAAGCGCUACUUUACCUGGGACCCUCACAAGUUCCCCCAGCCCAAAGAUAUGUUGCAGGGCAUCAAGGACAAGAGGCGCAAGAUGGUGGCCAUCGUUGAUCCUCACAUUAAGGUGGACAGUGGCUACAAGAUCCACAACGAGAUCCGUGACAAAAACUUCUAUGUCAAGAAUAAAGAUGGUGGAGACUAUGAGGGAUGGUGCUGGCCAGGCAACUCUGGUUACCCAGACUUUACUAAUCCAGAGAUGAGAGCCUGGUGGGCCAGUAUGUUUGCGUAUGAUCAGUAUGAGGGUUCAAUGGAAAAUCUCUACACGUGGAAUGAUAUGAAUGAACCCUCUGUGUUUAAUGGCCCGGAAGUAACUAUGCACAAAGAUGCGAUGCAUGGCCAUUGGGAGCACAGAGAUGUCCACAAUCUCUAUGGCUUGUAUGUGCACAGGGCUACAGCUGAAGGUCAGAUCCAACGUUCUGGGGGAACAGAGAGGCCCUUUGUUCUUACUAGAGCCUUCUUUGCUGGUUCACAGAGAUAUGGUGCUGUGUGGACUGGAGAUAACGCAGCUGAGUGGGACCAUCUGAAGAUAUCUGUCCCUAUGUGUCUAAGCCUGGGCCUGGUGGGCAUCUCUCUAUGUGGAGCUGAUGUCGGUGGUUUCUUUAAGAGCCCAAGUGCUGAAUUGUUGGUCCGUUGGUACCAGACUGGUGCAUAUCAGCCAUUCUUCCGAGCUCAUGCCCACCUGGAUACUCCCAGACGGGAGCCCUGGCUUUUUGGCCCAGAAAACACUGCUCUCAUUCGGGAAGCCAUUCGCCAGCGCUAUGCUCUCUUGCCUUACUGGUAUCAGCAAUUCUACCAGGCACACAAGACUGGUCAGCCUGUUAUGAGGGCACUGUGGGUUGAGUAUCCUAAAGACACCGCUACUUUUACUAUUGAUGAUGAGUUCCUGAUUGGACGAGACUUGCUGGUCCACACUGUUACUGAAGAAGGGGCACGAGGGGUAACAGCCUAUCUGCCUGGCCUGGGGGAGGUUUGGUAUGAUGUGCACACAUUCCAGAAACACAACGGUGCUCAGAACCUCUACAUCCCCGUCACAAUGAGCUCUAUCCCGGUGUUCCAGCGUGGCGGCUCAAUCAUUCCGAGAAAGGUCCGAGUUCGAAGGUCAUCUGAAUGCAUGGAGAAUGAUCCAUACACCCUGUUUGUUGCCCUCAGCCCACAGCGAGUUGCUGAAGGUGAACUCUACAUAGAUGAUGGUCACACCUUUAACUUCCAGACAAAGAAAGAGUUCAUUCACCGGGGUCUUUCCUUUGUCAAUAAUGUGCUUACAUCCAAGAACUUGUGUCCAGAGUCUAACUUCUCUACUAAAUCUUGGAUUGAGAAGGUUCUCAUAUUGGGAGCCAGUAAACCCAGUAAGGUUACUCUUAAAAUGGAUGGCAAAGAGACUUCUGUUGACUUUGAGUUUGAUGCCUCCAUGUCUGUGCUAACCCUUCGCAAACCAGGCAUGAACGCUGGUGCAGACUGGGCUGUGGUGCUGCUGUAAGGGAACAGAAGCUUGAAGCUGUAGUUGCAGGAUCCAAAAGUACUUUACAUUAGUGACCAAGAACUGAAUGUUUUUGAAGAAAAUACAGCCAUGAAAUACUAGACCUAUAAAUGCAAGACUACUUUCAAAAACAAUCAUGUAACUAUAAAUGCAUACAUUGUGUGCACAUGAGAUUAAAAAAUAUGAAAAACAGUACCAGAUAUCAAGUCAUUUAUGAUUCAGGGACAAAAGGAAGUGUAAACUAGUGGAUGUUUCAGAUUUUGUAAACGGUUGUUCAGAAGUCAGACUGAUGUUUUGAAGUAAGGUUUCAGGGAGGAAUGAAAAUGUAAUGCACUUAAUUGUUACUGUUUGUUUGAAUCAGCCCGAUUUACUACAUUAUUUGUGUUUUGUAAUAUUUCAUCCAUUUUAAAUAUUUGGAUGGUUGUAGAGGAGAUAAUGAAGCUGGCAGCUCUUUUUGGAACAAGAUCCAUGGGCUUGAAAUAGUUUUAGGGGACUAAACCACUGAUUUAGUGGGAAUAUUUGUCAUUUUCUUUAAUGUUAUUUUCUUUAACGUUUUUCCUUUCUUUGUUUCCUAGUGGUUUUUCAUUUGCAGUUAAUGCAGCAAAGUGAUCAUGGUUUUAUUGCCUCUGUAAAAGAUCAUGUACAAUAUCACAAACAGGGUUUUGUUCAUUCCUGCUUUACUGCUGAUGUAAAAAGCACUAGAUUCCUUGGUUGCUCCAGUGAAGACCAAACUGAUCUUUGUUCCCAAUAAAUAGUUUAAUUGUGACCUUGGGGAAAACUGUAUUUUUGUUUUAAACUGUUUUCAAGAGAUAAAAUCAUUCCAGCAUGAUGGACCCACCAGACUGACCUGAUACAUUAAAUGAUUUGAUGUUUGGGUGUUUUAAGAUCGAAAUAAAACAGUUGUACAAUUCUCAAA